AUGGCCAAUCAGACAGAGGAUCCGCCUAUCCCAAGCGCAGAGAUGGUGGGCACUGCGUUUGUUACUCAGUAUUACACAAUACUUAAAGAAAGCCCUCGUGAGGUCUACAAAUUUUACUCCAAAGACAGUCUUUUGAGCCGGCCUGAGGCCGAUGACACAAUGACAACAGUUGAAACUGUACAAGCCAUCAAUGAGAAGAUAUUAGCGUUGGACUGCCAGCGUAUUCAUAUAUUGACGGUAGAUUCUCAGUUUUCAUUGGCCAAUGGAGUAAUUGUUUUAGUGACUGGGAAUAUAGUUGGAAGUGACAAAGUGAAGAGAAUGUUUACUCAAACUUUCUUCUUAGCCACGCAAGAGACAGGAGGAUAUUUUGUCUUAAACGAUAUGUUUAAGUUUAUGAUUGAAGAAGAUGAUGAUGAUGCAAAUAACUACAAUGAGUACAAUCCUGGUUAUGUUGCAGAAGAAACUCCAAAUGUUCCUCUAAACCAAAAUGAUGAGUUAUGUGCUGUUGCUGACGAGCCUAUUCCCAGUCAAACAACUUAUGUGGAGGUUGAUGCUGCCAAUGGAAAUGAAGUUAAUCAUGUCUUGAAGAAUUUUGAGGAGUCUGAGAAAAAUGUUAUUUCUGAAAAAAGUGUUGUUGCUGAGAAAAAUGUUGUUGUUGAAAAGGGGGUUGAUGCAAGACAGAGUACUCCUAACCAUGUCAAUGAUGCAGCAUCUUCCAACAUCCAGAAGGAUGCUCCGAAGAAGACUUUUGCAUCAGUUGUGAAUGCUUUGAGUGUGAAUAAGGCUCCCUUCAAUGUGAGGGCACCCCCACCUAAACCUGUUGAGCGGCCACGUGCACCUGUCCCUGCACCUGUAGCACCUGAAGCUUUAACCCGAAACAAUAGUACUGCGACUUCUGUGGAGAAGAACACUGUUCCUGCAGUUAAAGCUCAUGCCAUUUUUGUUGCAAAUUUGCCUAUGAGUGCAACUGUUGAAGACCUGGAUAAGCUUUUCAAGCAGUUUGGAUCGAUCAAACGUGAUGGAAUUCAAGUCAGAAGCAAUAAAGUACAGGGAACAUGCUUUGGAUUCGUGGAAUUUGAAUCUGCUAGUUCCAUGCAGAGUGCAAUAAAGGCAUCUCCUAUUGAAUUUGGCUCUCGUUUGUUAUCUAUCGAAGAAAGACGAGCAAACAAUGAUAGAGGAAAGUUUGCUUAUGGAAAAGGUGGGUAUCGAAAUGACAACUUUAGGAGUCGUGAGAACUAUGGUCGAGAGAACUAUGGCCGCGAGAACUAUAGCGGAGGCGGAGGCCGGGGAAGCUAUGGUGGAGGCCGUGGCUAUGGAAGAAACGAUUUACGUGGUGAAUCGGGUCAAUAUUCAGGCCAAGCCAGGGGUAAUGGCGGACGCUAUGCAGAAAGGCCUUAUCAGAACGGAGGAAAGGUUGUUCAUCAAACAACAAAACCGGUGUCCGCGGCAUGAGAAUUAGGGUCUUGGCAUUGAAGCUCAUUCGCAAAAUUCUGCAUCAUCUCAAUAGAUUAGGUGCUUUUUGUAGGCAGAUUUUAGAAAGCGGCAUCUCAA